UUGCUUACCGUGGAUCAUACCCAUCUUAGACACCUUCAACUGUGUUUGGUUUUUAUUGGACAAAACAGUGUACAAACUUUCAACUGCAACGAUGAAGACACUUGCCGUAAUUGUAACUGUAGCAGUGUUGGCCAGUGCUGUGAUGGCAGUAAGUGAGCAUGUGAGCAUUGAGGAACCUUUCCGUCGUCCUGGUGGAGGAGGAGGUGGCGGUGGAAGUGGUGGUGGUGGCGGUGGAAGUAGUGGCGGAGGCAGUCGUCCACCUCCACCAGUAGCCCCUACGCCGGACAGUGGAAACUCGAGUGAAGACGACAGCAGCGACUCCAAGGAAGAUGCCUACGUAAACCCCUGCAAAGGCUUGCUGAUCGGUAUUUUGGAGCAUCCGAGCAGUUGCUACAAGUACAUCAGCUGCUACAAGGAGGUGGCCACCGAGGAAACCUGCCCGCCCGAUACGAUCUUCGAUCUGGACGAGAUUACCUGCGUGCCGGGAAAUCAGCGCGAAUUGAUCGUUGACGUGUGUGAAGGCCAAGCCGAUUUCUCAGUGCUGCAACAUCCGAGUAUUUGCUCACUGUUUAUUUGGUGUCAAGGUGGAACCGUAACCGUUCAACCGUGUCCUAAUGGAGAGAUCCUGCGCCCCGAUGCACAGUUCUGUGUUCCAGGCAAUCAACUUACCUGUGAGUUUGAUCCCAUCGAUCGGAUGUGUGUGGGACAGAUUGAUUCCGUAAGCUUCCCGCAUCCAACCGAGUGUGCAAAGUUUGUGGCGUGUUUAAGAGGCGAAACUCUUGUGCAAACCUGUCCGAAAGGAAGUGUGUAUCACGCUUCAACACGUUCCUGUGUUCCGGGAAACGACGACACUUGUGAGCGAUUCGAUAGCAUCUGUUCCGGGCGCCCCGAUGGUAUCAUACCGCACCCAACAACGUGUAACGCGUUCGUUUACUGUACGUCCGGGCAGGUCGUGUUCGAGCAGUGCGGUCCGGGCACGAUCUUCAAGCAGGGGAUGAGUGGUUGUGUGGUGGGCAACACGGAAACUUGCACCGAGGCGAAAACUAUCUGUACCGAUCACGCGGAUCAUACCCUUGUGGGUCAUCCAAGCGAAUGCAAUCUUAUCGUGGUGUGUAUGAUGCAACAACCAACCUUAAGGUCUUGUCCAGUGGGGGAAAUAUUUAACUCUACUACAUUGCUUUGCAUCCCGGGAGAUCUGAACACCUGCCAGGUACAUCCCGUAGAAACAAUGUGCAGAAACCGGCCGUACGGAGCGGUUUAUCCUCAUCCGAGUGAUUGUACACAGUUUGUUCGCUGUGCUGGCGAGCAGCCGAACGUCCAAGUGUGUCCCGCUGGGCAUGUUCUGCACCAUUCAAGUAUGUCCUGUCGCCCGGGAGACACCAACACCUGUGAGGUGAUGGAAAACGUGUGUCAAAAUCAAACGGAUGGCGUAAUCCUGCAGCAUCCAAGUCUCUGUGGACAUUUCGUGUGGUGUCAGAGUGGUGCUAUAACCAUAAAUCCUUGCCCCGUUGGGGAAAUUCUUCGUCCGGAUGUACAGUUCUGUGUUCCUGGCAAUCUAACAACUUGUGAAUACGCACCCAUCGAUCGUAUGUGCUUGGGGCAGGCUGAUCACAUUCGCUUCCCGCAUCCAACGGAAUGUGCGUCGUUCGUAGCAUGCCAGGGACAGAACGGUGUCGUCCAGAGUUGCCCAGCUGGCAGUGUGUACAGUGCUAAAGCACGCUCCUGUAUGCCCGGCAAUGAGGCCACUUGUGAGCGGUUUGAAAAUAUUUGCUUUGGACGACCGGAAAGCAUGAUUGCUCAUCCGAAUACCUGUACAGCUUACAUCCAUUGCUCCUCCAACUUGGCAGUCUACCAGCAGUGUGCUCCAGGGACCGUUUUCGAGCCCAGCCUUGGAGGUUGCGUUGUUGGUAAUACAGAAACAUGCACACGGAAUGAUGGAAUGUGUGUUGGGCAGCCCGAUGGAUCGAUUCUUACACAUCCCAACGAGUGUGAUCUUUACAUCUUAUGUGUGUCCCAGCAGGCAGCUCCUCUUCGCUGCCCUCCAGGCGAAAUUUUAAACGAACAGGCGCAGAUCUGUGCCCCGGGAAAUGUAACCUCCUGCCAGUUCAAUCCCGUCGAAACGAUGUGCCACAAUAAGCUCAACAACGCAAUUUAUCCUCACCCUAACGAGUGCUGGCGGUUUGUGCAGUGCAGCGAUGGGCAGGGUAUCGUAAAAGAUUGUCCUCCAGGGGAGAUUCUACACGGUUCAACAAGAACUUGUCGACCGGGCAAUACAGUAACCUGCCAGUUUCUUGAUGGAGUGUGUCAAGGUCGCCCAGAUGGAUGGGUGAUCGAGCAUCAAAGUCUCUGUGGUCAUUUCAUUCAAUGCCAGCAAGGUGUAGCAUCGGUUCACUCGUGCCCUGGUGGAGAGAUUCUACGCCCUGACGCUCAGUUAUGUGUGCCGGGGAAUCCUACCUCUUGUGUGUUUGAUCCAGUAGAGAAAAUGUGUAUGGGACGGCCAGAUGGACGCGUAUAUCCACAUCCGAACAAUUGUACACAGUACUUGCGCUGUCAAAAUUCGCAACCAACGCUCGAGACUUGUCGUCCUGGAACCAUCUUCCGCGCAACGACACAAUCCUGCGUCGCUGGCAAUGGUGAUACGUGCACGUUCCUUGAUUAUUCGUGUGCAGGACGUCCCGAUGGAGUGAUACCUCAUCCGGAGGGUUGUGCGCUGUUCCUGCUGUGCACAUCGGGCUUUACGGCUGCUUUCCGCUGUCCGGAGGGUGAGAUCUUACAUCCGGAGUUCCUGAUCUGUGCGGCAGGUAAUGCUGAUGACUGCUCGUUGGCUCCGGUCACUACUGAGCCAUCGAUCAUUUCCGUUUGUGAGGGUCGUCCCGAUGGAAACUACACGCAUCCACUGCUGUGUUAUAUGUUUAUUCAUUGUACAAACGGAGCCACAGAGAUUCGUUCCUGUCCAAAGGAUCAGAUCUUUGUUGGUGCUAUUCGAGGUUGUGCGCCGGGCAAUCAAGAAUCGUGCAUUCCGCUGUAAAUAGGGAAAGAAGAACGAGAUUUUUAUUUCAAAACAACAUAACUACAGAUUGGGCUGUAUUUUCGGAAAUAACUUAAUUCUGAAGUUUGGAAAUACAUGAAUAAAAUCUUUCAAAUCGCAAGCAAAACAA